UACACGGCCUUUGGUAAUGAUAAGCCUUUAAGUUAGAAGCUCAGUUCACAAUUGUGAUGUAAUUGUGUUUUGUUGGGGAUAAAACGAUCGAAAUGCUAAACUGAAGGAUACCUUAACACUUCCGAAAUGGCUAUUACAGCUGAUGCGAUCCGGGAUAAACUGAUCAAGGAGCUGGCAGCAGUACACGUGGAUGUGGAGGAUACAUCCCCCAACAGAUGUGCUGCCAGCUACAAAGUCCUGGUGGUCUCCUCUCAGUUUGAGGGCAAACCACUGCUACAGAGACACAGGAUGGUCAACACGUGCCUGGCCGAGGAGCUGAAAGAGAUCCACGCUUUUGAACAGAAAACCCUCACACCAGAACAGUGGGAGAAACAGAAAGCACAAUGAUACACACAUCACACUCUCCUCUCAAGCACGCCUUAUACUUCUCUGAUAUCAUGAUAUUUAGAAAGAAAACAAGCACUGUCCAUACAUGACAAUACUAUUAUAAAUGCAAUGAAAUCUUCUGCUGGCAAUAAAACACCUGGCUUCUG